AUGGCAACAACAAGCUCAGCAACAGUCACAGAAGACUGCGCUGUAUUUUUUGGCCAUCAUGGUCCGCUCAUCGCCAGCGGCGACAAAAUUGGUCUUCGCACCAAGAUCAAGGCUCAGCUCCGCUCGGUGCAGGCGUGGGAUUGUGACACCUGGAUUGGCCUCACACUCGACUUUCCCUUGGGAAAAGACCAGAAAGCAAAUGAGGAGGCCGGCUUUGGCGUGCGGUAUCGAGCCCCGGAACAUGGUUCACAAGACAAGUCAAAGCUUUGCGAUUACCACCAGAUCCGAAUCAAGUUUCCCCGUAGCUUCUCCCACGAAGUCCAGCUGGGACAGUCUCCGAGUACGUUUACGAACGAGCACCUCAGCUACGUAAAGGUUUAUUUCGGUGAAAGUCGAGCUACAAUCGAAGGCUUCGGUAUCCCAUUCGCGAACCAAGAAGAUCACCAGGUUGAAAGCUGGAUCAACGGAGACGCCCCCAUCGCCGGAAAGUACGGUCUUCUGGACAUUCUCCAGCAGCAAAGUCUAUACCUGGUCUUGCCCGCUUCAAGCAGUCUUGUCAAGACCCUCGGCACAACCCAAACCUUAUCGACUUUCCGAUACCCUUACAAUGAAGACUUUUCUUGGGAUCUUACUCGUUUUGAGAAAGAGCUCCGAGAGAACAAAGGCCAACAGUUCGCGCCACUUUACAGUCACCCCACUGAUGUUUCGCACAUGACAGCUGUCAGCCAGUCUAUUGUACAGGAUGUAGUAUGGCUACGCCACGUAGCAAAGCGACUGGGGUAUACGUAUUCCAAGAAUCGCCACAGCCUGGAUAUUGAUUCAAAGAAACCCGCCCGGAUGCCAGCCUACUUCUUCUGGUGUAAGGCGCCGGAUACUGAUACCGAGGGCAAGGAAUGCCUUCACCUUGCAAUCCCAUUUUCUGAACCCCUCGUGAAGGCAAUUGGCCCGGCUUGGAAACUCCUCAUUCAACGAAGAAUUUUCAAGCUGAAAAUAUUUACCUCUCGUGAAGGUCGGGAACGCACCCUGGUAGACUGGUUCUGCCGCCUUGCGCCCUUGGGAAAAUUGGAUCGAUAUGCACGACAUCGAAAAGACAUUACUGAUAUGAUUUUGGUUGUUAGGCCAAAAAUAAAGAUGGAAGAUUACAGUGAUGUGAUAUGGAGGGGAGAACCUCCCCGUAAGAAGCUCUGCCAUAUCAACCGCUCCCACGGCCCUUUCUUUGACAAGCUCAAAACGUUUGAAGACCGCCAAAGUGCCAGCGAAGCGCGAUUGCUUGACGAAAAAAGUUCGAACUAUAUAUCUCUGGGAUUCCAUUUUGAAUUCAAUCAAUGUCAGCACCAGGUUAAGGCUUCCCUCUUGUUUCAUCCUCAGGCGCACUCAUACAACCCGAUUGCAUGUGGGCUGCCAACAAAAGUUGCUUACGGUGUUGUUAAAACAGACACCUUGCUAGAUGACAUGAACGAAGAGCAGCAGCAGCUAUUUAAUAAAGUCAAAGACAAAAUGGAUCUGCAUCGAUCCAUUUUACGUGGCGCUGGGUUUUAUGACUGGAUGACGAAGACCGAUGGCAACAGCAAACGGAGGCCACUCCCAACGAUUGACCUUUUCGAUAUUGAUGAUCAAACUUACGCCAAUGCUAUCCUCGAAAUGGCCCUGCCCAAAGAUCGUGCGCGUUUCAGAUCUUACCUGAGCAACAGACCGCUGGGGAUUGGCAUCAUUACAGGUACUCCAGGAUCCGGAAAGACCGCAUUGGGCGCUACAGCAACACUGGCUUUACAGGCAAAGCUCGGCCCAAUUCUUUGUUCAGCGCCAACCGAUACAGCUGUCGACAACUUCGCAUAUCAUCUCAACAAGCAAACUUGGGAUGUCACAGAAAGGUUGAACAUAGGGAAGUCUCUGGACGACUCAAAUCGAUAUCGUCGCAAGUUGGUCAUUCGACUGUACUCACCCAACGAAGAGAUGAACGCCUUUUACAUACUGUUCACAAGGCCUGAACUUGGUGAAGAAGUUCUAAACCCCUGGAAAGUCCCGGGAGAACUCAAUGAGGAUGUCAAUUGGAAGUUCCAUCUAUCCGCCGCUUAUUGGCUUUUGCUUCUCUUCGAAUCGCCCGCUGUUGAUCGGCGUCUUGGACCUGACGACAGCCUAGCUUUACACGAGCUGAAGAAAUUAAUCGAUGAAGAUACGGAUUUUGGAGCAAUACGCCACGGCCACGCUCGCGCUUUCUCCGAAACUCUUGAGGAACGCUUUACUAAGCUCCUGGAUAUGUUACUUGAAGAAGCGGACAUGCUUUGCACUACUCCAAGGACAUGUGGAUCAAAUGAAUUUAUGCCAUGGCAGAGGAGGUUGGCACAAGGAGUUGUAGUUGAUCAAGCAGGAAGAAUGAACAGACCUGACCUGUACCGUGUCUGGGGAAACACGUUACUUCCUUGCUUCCUUAUUGGAGACACAAGAUCGGAACAGCCAACAAUUCAGACUACUAGUGAGAAAGAACCAGGCACUGAGAACUAUUACAAUCGUUUUGCGGGGGAUGGCCAAAUCUCUGGUCUAGAGUUCCUUCAAGCAUCUGGCCUUCCAGUCUUCCGUCUCGAUACACAAGUUCGUAUGGCUAAGGGCAUGUACGACUUGGCUGCCCAAGUAUUUUACCCCCAGCUCCCGCUUCAGUAUCACCAAAGCGACCAAGAAAUUGCAGAUCAGCAGCCUGAUGUCGGACAAGAGCUCGAGGCUUACGUGCGCAUGAAGUAUCCAAAUCUGCGCAAACCGCCGGGCGGCAUUGCACACCAACCAUUGUUCAUUCAUCGACAAAACUCCACGAUCUACAAAGACGUCGACGGCUCACAGGCCUGCCAAGAACAGGACAGUGCCGUCUUGAGCUUUGUUGCUGGGUUAGUCACCCACUCAGCCAUUGAUCCCGCACAGAUCGUCCUUCUCACGCCUUGGUUCGCCAAUGCGGUACUCAUCGAGCGCAAGCGCAACCAAAAGAGGUUUGAAAUUUUGAAGAAUAUGCCGGAAGCCGCCACUAUUGAGAGCUAUCGAGGAAGAGAGGCCGAUAUCGUUGUCGUGGUGAUGUCCACCACGCGUGACACAGGACCCGACAUCACUGCGAAUGAGCAUUUGCUCAUCACCAUGCUCACCCGCCACAAGAGCGGAUUGAUCAUUUUUGUGGAUAUUUGUACUAGUGGGGUGAUCGGAGAGGACCGUAAUGGGAAUCUCUUCAAGAUCAACAAGCCUGGGCAAGAGCUCAAUGCGCUGCAGAGGAUUGAUGAGACACUCUUCGAUGAGGGGCGAGUCGCGGUGUUUUCUACGAAGUUGAGCAAGUAAUGACUCGGACUCAAGUAUUCUACGGUUGUCUACGCUGAGUUUGUGGGUAUUGGAGGCCCUAAUGUUGUAAGAUUAGCAGAUCCUUCCUCGAUGGUUUGGAGGAGUGUUAUGAGAUGAAUGAUGCAAAGCUCCGUAUAAAUGUUCGCGUGGUCAGAGUUCCCGUGUAGCAGUUAAUUCCUUCGAUGGAAAGUUUUUGGCCUUUUCUCGGAAUACAGCC